AGCGUAAAGUAACUGUAAAAUAAAAUAACUUAAAAUUAAAUAAACCCAAUACACUUCCGUUGCCAUCAACUUUGACCUUUCCUACCACUUAGACAAACAAAAUGGCGGCCCCCUUGAGAAGCAUUGAAAGACUACUUUGUCGGACUAACAUAUUGCGACAAUGUUUCCAAGAGGGAGGAAAGUCAACGUUACCUGUUAUAAGGUGCCUCCAGGUUGGAAUACCCUGUGUGCAGGUCAACCGAUCAUUUUGCACCCCGGCAUCAAUUGAGAAAGACGUUGCAGACACUCUUGAUGCUUUGUCCCGGUACAAAGAUAGACCCUGGGAUUAUUUAGAGAGCGAAGAGUAUAUUGAUCGCUAUGGAUCGAAACCAGUGUGGUUCGACUACAGGAGGAACCAUAAGGGGGCGAUUCCGAGGCAGAAAACACGUAAAACCUGUAUUAGAGGAGAUAAAAGUUGUGGCAAUCCCUGCCCCAUUUGCAGAGAUCCAAAUGUCCUCAUUCACUACCAGAAUGUGAAGUUGUUGCAGCAGUUUGUUAGUCCUUACACAGGUUUGGUAUUGGAUCCUACACGAACAGGUGUGUGCAUGAAACAACAGAAACGUCUUAACCAGGCGCUGGAGACCGCUAGGGACCAUGGUUUGAUUUCUGUACACGCACCACAUGUGGACUUCUCAGGAGAAGACUACUCCAAUUCCCAUGCUGCAGUGGGAAGCACACCUCCUACCCCUGUUGUCAAGGCUGGUGAAUCAUGGUACUACUGGUAUGGCAACAUAGAUCCAGAUGAGCGGGAAUUAGCGCGAGUGAAGAAGAUAUACAAAGCCUACCUGAAAAAAUAGUUGCGUGUAUUUGUGGGAAGAAGGCAUAAUGUGUGGCAUCCAUUGCUAAUGUCUUGUCUAAGGCCUGCACUUAUUGUUUAAUCAUAAAGAACAAGUAAAUUGCAUGUCAAUUGUUGUCUAACCAUACAAAAGAAUGCCCAUAUACUGCUCUACCGGUCAUCAUUGCAGAGUAAUUCUAUGGAGUAUUCCAAGUACGUUGUUUGGUGACCAACCAGGAUAAGUUAAAUCUAACAGGUUUAUCACUUACUCAGAGUUAACUUAACCAGGUUUGUCACCAAACCACGUAGUUGAAAUAUCCCCCAGUUGCCUAUGGUUUUUCAAAUCAUGGCAUCUUUCCCUGAAACCUCUUGGCUCUUCCUGUGCAGAAAGUCAUGCAAAUGUGCUAUCAAAUUGUGUUUAACACAAAACUCAAUAAAACACGUGUGGAUAA